AUGACAUUGGGUAUGAGCCGCAGCUGCGCAGUAGCCGACGAGACAGGAGUGCUGCGUCAGCAUCGCGGUCGCCUCAUGCAGCUGGCGAGCAGUGGGUCGACCAAGCGACGAGCCUACAGUGCGCAACAUGCGCUCUUCAAGUCGGCGCCCACGCCAAGGCACUCGGGCAUCCCUGGCAAGCUGCUCUCCUUCGAAGAGGUGGUGCGCAAUGACCCGAGCUACACGCCGAACAUCGAGCACCUGGUGUUUCCGUCGCGUCGCAACAGCAUGCAGGCCACCAAGCAGGGUGCGGGGGCGGUGGUCGGAGGCGGCACUGGUGGUGGGGGUAGCAAGUCGGCCAGAGCGAGGCUGGCGGAGGUGUUCGCCCUCACCAGGAGUCAGGGGUCCCGGAAGACCCAGAGUCACGAGAAGAGUAAAUCGCGAGAGAACAGUGUCACCAGGUCGUCUUUCACGCAAAAAGCAAUAUGA